AUUGCAUUAUUCGGUUACUUGUAUUCAUCACAAUAGGGUUAGUAUCGGUUUAAAGUUUAGAGCAGAGCAGUGUAGUGAGGAGAUGUGCUGACGAACAGACGGUGGUGUGGUUAUAAAAAAGACAUUUUUAUUCGAAGUGACACGGCUCGCAGCUAAAAACUAUUCAUCAUGUUUGAUGUAUUUGGCUCCGUGAAGGGGCUACUGAAGUUAGACCAAGUAUGCAUCGACAACAACAUAUUCCGGCUGCACUACAAAGCCACUGUGGUGAUCUUGAUUGCAUUUUCCCUGCUGGUAACUUCGAGACAAUACAUCGGGGAUCCAAUCGACUGCAUUGUGGAUGAAAUUCCUCUGAAUGUAAUGGAUACAUAUUGCUGGAUUUAUUCAACCUUCACAAUACCGAAUCGUUUAACUGGAAUCGCAGGUAGAGACAUAGUGCAAGCGGGCGUUGCAAGUCACGUCGAUGGCCAUGAUGAAGUGAAGUACCAUAAGUACUACCAAUGGGUGUGCUUCGUACUUUUCUUCCAAGCUAUGCUGUUCUAUGUCCCUCGCUAUCUGUGGAAAACCUGGGAAGCUGGACGCAUCAAAAUGUUGGUACUUGACCUCAACAUGCCGGUUGUGAACGAUGAGUGUAAAGAUGAGCGCAAAAAGAUACUGGUUGAUUACUUUGUGGAUAAUAUCAAUCGCCAUAAUUUUUAUGCCAUUAGAUUUUUCAUUUGUGAGGUUUUAAACUUCGUAAAUGUGCUCGGGCAAAUUUAUUUUAUGGAUUUUUUCCUCGAUGGAGAAUUUUCUACAUACGGCAGUGAUGUAGUUCGUUUCACCGAAAUGGAGCCAGAAGAGAGAGGCGAUCCAAUGGCUAGAGUGUUUCCUAAAGUAACAAAGUGCACAUUCCAUAAGUAUGGUCCGUCUGGUAGUGUGCAGAAGUUUGAUGGCCUUUGUGUGCUUCCAUUGAACAUCGUGAACGAAAAAAUUUACGUCUUCCUAUGGUUCUGGUUUAUUUGUCUAACCAUUUUGACUGGAACCUCGCUGGUAUACCGCUUCGCCGUCAUAGCCAUGCCUAAAGUGCGCCUUUAUUUACUACGUGCCAGAUCCCGGCUUUCUAAACACGAUGAAGUGGAGUCAAUUUCAUCUAAAUGUCAACUGGGAGAUUGGUUUAUCUUGUAUCAAUUGGGCAAAAACAUCGAUCCAUUGAUUUACAAGGAAAUCAUAAGAGACCUUUCACUGAAACUAGAAGGCAAAGAUAUGGUUUGAUAUGAGGAGUAAAUAUCUAGAAGAAAAUGGUGAUAUGCGGCGAUUCAUCGAUCAAAAAUGUAGGCACACAUACAGAAGAAACCACAUGUAAACAUGACAGAAAAGCAACAUCAUAGGCUUCAACCAGCGUGGAAAAUAAUGCUGUCUUAGCAUCGUGAGAUUUUGAACAAAAAAAAAGUUAUCGAAUCACCACACAAGUAUAAUUUGUUAACAUGCUGACCGAGCAAUUAUAGCUAUUAUUUCAAGAACAUAAUCCCUUAUCUAGAAAUUCGACAUUCCAAUAAUAUCAUAAAAGACAGACUGAUCGAAACGAAAAUCGGAAGCUUAUUGCCAUAGUUUUGCAUUGUGUUACUAAUUGAAUUUUAGAGCAAGCAUUUUAACUACAUUCUUAGUUUUACAUUUGAUUCUCGCUUUCAUCCGAUGCCUUCAAUCAAUUGGUAUUAGUUAAAAACGAUUUAUAUCUACAAUGUCAAUUUUUUAAUUAAAAGAAGAGUAUCUAAACAAAACCAAUUUCGUCCGUAUAACGAAUGUAAUCUCCGAAUCUGUGUAAUCUCACAAUCAGACACCAGAAUAUGAUAGGAUUUUACGAUGCUUCUCACAGCUCUAGCGAUUACAACAUAACAUUGUGAAUAUAUAUUUUUUCGAAUAAGACCUUUUGGAAGCAACAAACCUUGCACAAUUAGCAUUUAGAAUAUUUUAAUAAAACUUAUAUUUGGCAAGAAUACAUCGUGUUUCAUAUGUAGUUCCAGUAUUCCAGCAAACCGAUUUUUUUCUACAAUGUUAACGCCACACUGAGAAAAAACAAAUCGAAACAAAACUAAACAAUUACGUAGUACGUAUGUCGAUCUUUUGGCGAUAGUUAUAAUAAUCGAAAAUUGCAUUUUCGGAAUUUUUCAUUUUUUUUAAACGGAAAGACUUUUAAUGUGCCUUAAAUUUGCAUGAUCCUACUUAUCAACAUGAAGUCGAACACGUAUGUAUGAUUUUUAUGAGUGUAUAACACAAUAUACGUUUGAAUAAAGUCACAACUAUACGGACAUAA